GUAUAUUAGAACUCAUUUGCCUGCCACAACCUCAGACCAAGAGACGCGCGAAAAACUGACACGAUGACUUUCAGCUGCUCCGCUGACCAAACCGCGCUCUUAAAGAUUCUUGCACACGCGGCUAAGUAUCCAUCAAAUAGCGUGAAUGGUGUCCUCGUCGGGACAGCGAAGGAGGGCGGCUCUGUCGAAAUCCUGGACGCGAUUCCACUGUGUCACACGACGCUGACCCUGGCGCCAGCACUGGAGAUAGGUCUCGCCCAGGUGGAGUCCUACACGCAUAUCACGGGCAGCGUGGCGAUUGUGGGCUACUACCAAUCAGACGCACGUUUCGGCCCCGGGGACCUACCCCCGCUAGGUCGCAAAAUUGCGGACAAGGUGUCUGAGCACCAGGCUCAGGCGGUGGUGCUGGUGCUGGACAACAAGCGGCUGGAGCAGUUCUGCAAGGCGCAGGCGGACAACCCGUUCGAGCUGUUCAGCAAGGAUGGCAGCAAGGGUUGGAAGCGCGCGAGCGCCGAUGGCGGAGAGCUGGCGCUUAAAAACGCGGACUGGAAGAAGCUGCGCGAGGAGUUCUUCGUUAUGUUCAAGCAGCUGAAGCACCGGACACUCCACGAUUUUGAGGAGCACCUGGACGACGCCGGGAAAGACUGGCUCAACAAGGGCUUCGCCUCCUCGGUCAAAUUCCUGUUGCCCGGCAACGCGCUGUAAGGGCCGCGUGAGGCUAGCCGGGAUGGCGGUUCCGCGGGAUGGUCGCAGUGCCGGGGUGUGUGUUGAGAGGAGGAGCCGGUGGGGGGGAAAGAGGUUGAGGAGGUAGGAGAGAGGCGCUGGCAUGGAGGCCGGGAGGCGCUGGAGCUGGAGCUGGCGAGCUGGUGGGUGGUGCUGGGCGAGAUCCUGGAGGCACAGGAGUGGUAUGGGCGGUGCAGGGACAGCGACAGCGGAUCGGCGGACGGUAUUGGUGGAGGGUGCGGGGGCCCUGGGGUAGUGUGCAGGGUGUGUGCCACGUGGCUUGCCGCAAAGCGCAGCGUACCGAUAGUUGAGAGAAAGCACCUGCGGCCCUGCGCGGCCGCGGCGUGGCGGCGCGUGGGGACACGCGCAUCGUGCCGGGUCGCCGCAGGCCGGAGUGAAUUUCGUGCUGCACGGCGCGUUGACCAGUCCACCGACUGACGGCCAACGGCCAUGAGGGCUUGUUUUGGGGGAUAGGGUCACAUGACAUUUUCGGCGUUCUUUGCAGUCAGAAUCAGGAUACGCUUGCUUUAGUCUUGAUUGUCAGACUUGUCAGGCUGACGUUUCAGGCAGACGAGAGCUCAUGUGGUUUUGACUAACCGGGCGUUGACCAUGGGCAGUCCCAAACGUGCCGUGCCACAGGGCAUAGCGAGUGCCAUGUGCUCUCGAGGGCGAGGUCGUGAGGCACGUGGAAACUGUUGCGGCGCCUUCACCAUGGGUGCUUUCUCGCGUGAGGCACGUGAAACUGUUGCGGCGCCUUCACCAUGGGUGCUCUCUCUCGUGAGGCUCAGCGGCAAGUACGAGGGAGGGCGCAGGACACGGAUGAAGCAGUGGUGCGCAUGCUGCGGUCUGUUGGCCGCCGGGAGGUGAUCGGUGUGACGUGGCUGGUGCGUGUGGUGGUUUCUCCCGUGGCCUCCCGUGUGUGACUGGUGCGUGUUUGACGUGGCAAGGUAGGUAAAUAGUAGUAAAGCGGCCCAGAUACGUUGCUGUGGCGGUUGUGCGUGCGCAGGUGGUGCAUAGGACAGCGUUGGUUGUGUGUGCCUGUGCUGUGCUGUGCGGUGCCGGACCGAAGCGCGGGGCGGACAGGCGCAGGGUGGUAGCGGCGUGGCGGGUAGGCUGCCGCACACAGUACGUGUAACUGUAUGCUGCGCUGCAUGUUACUCUGCUUACGGAUGCUUCCUGACUGUACGUGUGGUGCUUGGGUCGUGUCGCCGUGCAACGCUGCUGGCGGCUUCAAUGGGUGGCUGCGGAUCAGUGGGUGGCUGCGUGUAUCGGCGCGCCCGUGUUGAAUCGAGGACUGCAGUAUGCUACAAUGAAGUGGCAUUGUUGCCAACACGGCAUCCUAUGGCCUUGCGCCUUGCCAAGCACGGGAAGUGGGUGCAUGCGGCGAUUAGCUGGCUUGAUGCACCACAGCGAGACCGGAAGUCCGAAGGUGAUAGCCUCAAUCCCUGGGCACGCCCCUCAGGUCUAUUUGAGCAGAUUUCGCGUGAUAUACCUGCCCACCAC